CCCACAUCGGACGCCUCUAGCCAUGCCAAGUUCAUAUCCCUAUUGCGCAGGUCCAUGGUCGGACUUGGCUUCUUCUACCUCGCCGACUCGCCGCUGGAGAAGGAGAGAGAAAAUGUAUUAGACCUCAGUAGACGCUUCUUCGAUGUCAGCGUAGAGGAAAGGAGACUUAUCGAUCAGAAGGAGAGCAGACAUUUUAGAGGCUACUCUGAUAUCGGCACGGAAUACACCCAGAGUAAGCAGGAUAACAGAGAGCAGCUGGAUCUGGGCAUAGAAGCUCCUGCACUUCCCACGUCCGUUACCAAAUCAGCACCGUAUCUCAACCUCUGGGGCCCAAACCAAUUCCCUGCUUCGCCACCAGAGCUAAAGGAGGCGGUCCUGCGCUACAUCGAAGCCGCCGAGCAGCUGACUAUCCAGCUCACUGCGGCCAUCGAAGAAGCACUGGGUGUGCCUCCCGGCAGACUUCAAGAUCAGCUCGGUCUCACAUCCAAAGAUGCGGCCUUUGCUGCCAUCCGGGAUCUUGCCAAGAGGCAGGAGAUGCCUUAUGAGAGGAUGAAAAUCGUACGAUAUGGAAGCGAAGGGAACGAGCAGGGAGUGGGUGCUCACAGAGACGGAGGAUGGAUCACCCUCCUUGCCACGGACGACAAGCCUGGCCUUCAAGUAGAAGACUUCGACGGCUCCUGGCUCGACGUACCCUAUCGUCCCGGCUGUAUCCUCGUCAACUUUGGCCAGCAGCUCGAACGCAUCAGCAGCGGUCUAAUAAAUGCCGCAACACAUCGUGUGCACAUCUACCCUUCACCCGCCCCCCGCCUCUCCUUUCCCUAUUUUGCCAUGCCCAACCUGAGAGCACUCAUCGCACCUAUCCCCCGUGAGGAGCUUUCGGAAGAGGUGCUACAGGAUUGGUCAGCGGCGGAGAAGGCGAGGGGGGGAGGGGGGAGGGUGUCGAGCGUGCCGGAGAAGGAUUUGCAUGGACUAGAGAGGGAGGAAGCGGGCCUUUCGGCCUGGAGGGGG